UUCUGUAAUGAUAGUAGAAGACGAAGGCGCCGACUGCGCGUGGGACAUAACGCGUUUGUGCGUCGACGAGCUCACUGCAGCCACCCUGGCGGAUUACUUACGAGCCAAACAUAUUUUACAAAACCCUAAACAAAAUGACAACUGCAAGUAUGCUCCUGACUGUGACAACAACCUGGAAUGUUUCUACCGACAAGAUCGACAAAGAAGGAUGCUUGGGGCUUGGAAUAAAGCAUGUCACUGCUGAGGCCGCCAAGGAAGUCCGCGAGAGCCCAUCGACUAAGGAGCAGGCGUUGGCCAUCAUGAGAGAGUGGAUACAGCAGAAUAUUGAUAUCAAAAACGUCAGGCUGGAUGAAUCGUUCCUACUUCGGUUUUUACGUCAUAAGAAGUACAGCAUUCCGAUGGCCCAACAGACUCUCCUAAAAUACUUGAGCCUCAGAAGAUAUUACCCAGAAAUAUCCAAGAACCUUGAUUGCGAUGACCCUAAACUACGGGAUAUUCUCAACAACGGGUACAUAGUGGUUUCACCGGUUCGAGACAGCAAGGGUCGCCGGGUCAUCGUUUACAAUAUGAACAAAUUCAACGCUAACAAGUACAACUGCUGGGACAUGUGCCGGGCCCACAUGCUGGUGUACGAGAGCUUGCUGGAGGACUCCUUGGACCAGAUGUGCGGGUACGUGCACGUGGGGGACGGCAGCGGAGUCACCGGCGCACAUAUCACCACCUGGAACCCCACAGACUUCGCCCGCCUCAUGAAAUGGGGAGAGCAAUCGGUGCCCAUGCGUCACAAGGAGUUUCACUGCGUGAAUGUACCAAGUGCUCUCAAAUAUAUCGUCGAUUUCGCGAUUAGCAAAGUCACGCCGAAAAUGGCUGAGAGGCUCAACAUGCACACAAACCUGAAACAGCUGCACCAGCAUAUAAACAUCGAGUGCCUCCCCACGGGCUACGGAGGACCACUGAAAAUCGAAGAUAUGGUCAAAUUCACCACGCAGAUUGUCAACGCGCAGAGAAAGAAAGUUCUAGACCUCGACACAAUGGAAAUCAUCAGUACCCGAGGCAUUAUUUCUUCAAGGAAACCCACCACCAAUAUAGUAAAUGGCGACGUUUCGGUACAAGGAAGCUUCAGAAAGUUAGAGAUAGAUUAGAUUAAUUGGAACGUUAGAAAGAUUUAUUUUAAGCAUUUAGUUUUUAGCCUGUGUCUGUGGUCUGUCUUCUGAAUGGUAAUAAUGUAGACUGUGGACACCUAUUUUAUAUUCUAGCACUGAAAAUAUUAGAUAUAUUACGUUGUUAUGUACGUCUGCUUAUUAGUGAAAUAAUUGGAUAUUAUAAUAAAACUCUUACCUUCUUGGUUAUUGUGUGUAAAAAUUCUACUGAAUGGAAAUUAGAGAACCUUGAAGGUUAUUCCAGUAUGAUUUGAAAGGAAAAGUGCAUUUUCUUGACGACUAAGCUUUCGCUGGUGACUUUGUUUGUGUAUUCUUCAAUACAUAACAAAAAUAUAUUCGCCUCUACACAUCUUGUGACAUUCUCUUUUGUUUUGCCUUAUAACAAAAAUGUUAGAUCCAUGACAAAUUACAUGUAUGAAUUGUACGAUAUAGAUACUUUAAGAUAUAGAAAAAAGAUUAAAGGAUUAAUAUAAGUUUUCAUAUAAAUAAAAGGAACUGC